CACGGACGUUAGGUCAGGUGGAUACAGUGAAUUGACCAUAAGUGAGUGAGGUGAGGUUUUUUUGUGACCCUGUGAUGGACUGAAGACAUUUCCCAUGUGGACCGUCCAGCAGCUCCUGGUGACCCCCACAGGAUUACACAUCUCUGCUGCUUCACAGCUUCUGUCUGGUUCACUCAACCCUGUCAGGUCUGGAAGCGACGACACAUUUCCACAGCAGUAUAUACUCCUUCACUAUUGAAUUUAAAUGUUGCAGUUGUGUUCUUUGGGACAAAUUCAUAUGGAAACGUCGCUGAACAAAAUGUAACAUCUUUUGUCAGUAACUUCAUUUUUUUAUUCCUUUGCUGUCAAUACAUAUUUGAAUAUCGAUAUAUAUUUGUGGAUAUAUAUUUGAAUAUCGACAACAAAGGAAUAUAUGUAAAUCUAUGUAUCCUUUGCCAAUUUUGUUUUGUUAAACUGCUCAUUUAAAUUCCCGCCAAACCUUAUUUCUCUCCACUCUUUUCUAACCGUAUUUAUCCUAACAUGUGGGCGUCAUCGUUGUUGCUCUUCCACAAUGUUUUAACUAAACAUUUAAGAAGAUUCGUGUUUACAUGAAGAGAAAAUCUGAAGGUAAAACGAAUUAUUGUUGCUGUUGUCUGAUUUAUUCGUGCUGUAAAUCAAUGGGUCGAUAUAAAAGGCGGGCAAUUUUUGACCUCAGUAUUUUAAGGGACGUUUUUAUUUUGUGUGUAUAAGACAUAUACUACACAUGACUGGUACUGUAUGUUAGGAAUACUGUGUUAAAUGUAGUUUUCUGUAAAAGAGGAAGCGUACCAUUUCUGUACAUCAGUGUUCGCUGGUUUUGCGUCCCGUCCCGUGCUGUGUUGUGUUGUGUGUGUGUGUGUUUUCGUGCCGUCCUCCUCAUUGGCUACAGAAACUUGUUGGAGCUUUUCCCUCCCGAAUAAGAAGUAUCCUCCCCAGGAACCUAUCCCUGAUCUCCUCCAGGACCCCCCUCUUUCUCUCGCCUCUCUUUUUUUUCCUGCAGUCCUCCUGGUCCAGACUUGUCCCGGACUCUGUCAGACUCCAGUCGGACCUUCACAGUGGCUGUUAAAGCUGUGCUGUUUAGUCAGUGUAAACACAUUUAUCCACCGACAGUGUGAGGAACCAUCUCCUCUCCGUCUGGAGGAGCUCCACCUUCACCUCAACAUCCGGCCUCGUCUUUCCUCCAACGCUCUGUGGAUCUGACUUUUUAUCUGUCUUCUCAACAUUUGUUUUUUGUUUUUUUUUUUCACCAGAAAGCUACACUUAAACUGGACAUCUAGAAACUUAUUUUUUUCGUUUUUAAUUUUUUUUUAUUUUGAGUUCAUUUUAUCUUAUUUAUAUGCUAGAAUGUCGUCCUUGCCAGGAACGGUACCACGGAUGAUGUGCCCCGCUCCCGGGCAGAACUAUCCCCGCACCGGAUUCCCUCUGGAAGUGUCCACUCCUCUGGGCCAAGGCCGGGUCAACCAGCUCGGUGGGGUCUUCAUCAACGGCCGCCCGCUGCCCAAUCACAUCAGACACAAGAUCGUGGAAAUGGCCCACCACGGGAUCCGGCCCUGCGUCAUCUCCAGACAGCUGCGGGUCUCCCACGGCUGCGUCUCCAAGAUCCUGUGCCGUUACCAGGAGACCGGGUCCAUCAGACCUGGGGCCAUUGGUGGCAGCAAGCCCAGGGUGCAGCAGGUAGCCACCCCGGACGUGGAGAAGCGGAUCGAGGAGUAUAAACGGGAGAACCCGGGAAUGUUCAGCUGGGAGAUCCGGGACAAACUGCUGAAGGACGGUGUGUGCGACAGAAGCACAGUCCCUUCAGGUGAGGCCUCCCCUGUGAGUUCCAUCAGCCGUGUUCUGAGGGCAAGAUUUGGGAAGAAGGACGAUGAGGACGACUGUGAUAAAAAAGAUGAAGACGGAGAGAAGAAAACCAAACACAGCAUCGAUGGAAUCCUGGGGGACAAAGGCAGUCGGAUGGAUGAAGUUUCAGACGUGGAGUCGGAGCCCGACCUCCCUCUAAAAAGGAAACAACGCAGGAGUCGAACCACGUUCACAGCAGAGCAGCUGGAGGAGCUGGAGAAGGCCUUUGAAAGAACCCACUACCCUGACAUCUACACCAGGGAGGAGCUGGCACAGAGGACCAAACUGACCGAGGCCCGGGUCCAGGUGUGGUUCAGCAAUCGAAGGGCCAGGUGGCGAAAGCAGGCAGGAGCCAAUCAACUAGCAGCAUUCAACCACCUGUUGCCAGGUGGUUUUCCUCCCACGGGAAUGCCAACCCUUCCUACAUACCAACUGCCAGAGUCCAGCUACCAAACCAACAGUCUGUCCCAGGAUGGUGUUGGCACCGUUCACCGCCCCCAGCCUUUACCUCCAUCCAGCAUGCACCAGAGUGGUCUGUCCACCAAUGACAGCACCUCUGCCUACGGUCUGACCUCCAAUCGCCACGGCUUCUCUAGCUACACUGACACUUUCAUGAGCUCAGCAGCAGCCAACAGCCACGUCAACCCUGUCAGUAACGGGCUCCCCCCACAGGUGAUGAGCAUCCUGAGUAACCCUAGUGGCGUGGCCUCCCAGCCGCAGCACGACUUCUCCAUUUCGCCACUCCACAGCAACUUGGACACUUCUCCAUCCAACGUCAUCUCCACCAGCUGCAGCCAGCGCUCCAACGACUCCUCAAUUAAGACGGUGGACAGCCUCCCUUCAUCUCAGUCCUACUGCCCUCCGACCUACAGCUCCACCGGCUACAACAUGGACUCAGCAGUGGCAGCUGCUGGAUACCAGUACAGUCAGUACGGCCAGACUGCUGUGGAUUACCUGGCCAAAAAUGUGGGCCUGUCCAGUCAGCGCAGGAUGAAACUGACCGACCACUCAGCUGUGCUGGGUCUGCUGCAGGUGGAGACGGGCCAGGCCUAUUAACGCCCGGUGGUCACCCGCACAACCAGUUGCUCCUGUUACCAUCCAUACAAUCUGUGUGUGUGUGUGUGUGUGUAUGAGAGAGAGAGAGAGAGUGAGAGUGAGUGCCUAUCAAAGUGUCAAUGCAGUUGAUACACUACCUAGAUGUUUUAUACGUUUUUUACAGAACUGUUUUUCCAGCAGUGACGUAUGAAAUGACCAAGCUUUAAACAUUCCUUGUGGGAAUUCCACUGUUAGGAAUACAGUUGUCGUUAUUGCACCAAGUUUGUCAUCAGUUUAUUUACAUUUUCUUUUAAAGCAUAAACUGGUAUUGUAAACUGUUACUGUCCAACUAAAAAAACAGUCGAGGAAACAAUGAAAACACACGACGGCACACAUCAGAAAUUUAAUUUAAUUGUGAAAAUGAUUUUAUGUUUAAACAACACUGCCUAAAAUCAAAACAAAGUAAAUAAAUAACAAUUUUUCAUUCCCCAGUCGUGCUGAAGUAGUCUGACUGAUACCAAACUUUACAUGUAUUUUUUGUUUUUUUGUUUUUACUUACAUUGUUGACUUAGAGCAGGUAAACAAUUCACAUCUUUAUGAUUCGUUGUUGUCGUCGCCUUCUUUUCAUUCAAUCUAAACACAUUCCCCUAAAAAUUGACAGAAAAAAAAUCAAAAGUGGUUAAAAAUAUGUUAAUCUUAAAAAUGAUUUUUAAUCCAAUUUAAUUUUUGUUAAAAUAUUUAAUAAUCAUUUUUUCCCUUCAAAUGACUUGGUUUUCAUUGCCACACAUUACACGGUCAGGUUCAGUUGAAUGCGUGCAUUGAUUUGUCGCCGCCUGAUUGGUUGGUUACAUUCUUACAUCCACGAGCAGCUAUUAGGUUGAACCUAAUAAAGUGGCAGGUUUUGGACCCACACCUUUGCCCCAGUUAUUACCUGAACUGACCAAAGGAAAAGUCCAUUCCUGCAUAAAACGAUCCUGAGCUUUUUGGGAGAGCAACAUCAAGGCUGCAAAGAUGCCUCAGUAUUUUGACCUUCACCCCUAGAGUAACAUGCAGGAAGUGAAGUGGAUCAAAGAGAGAAUCAUUCCCUCCAUGAUGUCAUUCCAUAUAUAAAAAUCAACAGUGAAAAAUUCAAUAUUGUUAUUUUUUAAACUUUAAAAUUCCUUGUAUUAUCCUAUUUUGUUCCUGAUCAUGUGUUAUUAUUUCUGACGUACGCUCAGUCCUUUUCCCUAAUGUAAAAAAACCAACAUGUCAUUUUUACCCCCCCUCCCGCCCCCACAGACCCUAGUGUCUGUUUGAAGCUAUAGCAGCCACCACUGUUUUUACAUUUUAACUUCAUCCACCCGCUUCUCCACAAGAGCCAAGAAACCCUCGGCUGCAGAUGGUGGGAAACUUCUACCUUGUGUAAAUAGUAUUUUUUCACUGACAGAAAACCAAGGAGAAAAAUAUUAAAGAUCAAAUGUACAGAUAUUAUUCAUCUUCACGCUCUUCUCGUUUACCUCUUGGUCCUUUGCUUUUGCUUCUUCAUUUCUUUAUUUCCGUUCGGCAUGUGUGUAAUAUAAUUUAUUCUACGUGUAUGACGUGUUAGACUAGAACAAAUAUUAUUUGUUUGUAAAAAAAACCUUUAUUCCUCUCGGCCUCAUGGCGCUUCAGCUGUAACACGGGUGAAAGUGUUUGUUUAUUAAAGCUCUACAUCUGGACCAAGAGCACGCUGCCUUCGGCUGACUUCAUUGUCUUCACUCUAAGUCCUGCUGAUUGUGAACUUUCCUAUAGUUUAUGACUGUAUAUAUAUAUAUUAACAUAAAACAUAAAAUAUAUGUUAACAAUAUAUAAGAUUUUUGCUCAAUCUUGGUCAAGUUUUAGCUUUGAAAG